GGAAGGAGCAGAACUGUCUUGACUUUCUAUCUCACGGGGUGUUUUGGUUUGGAUAAGUAGUGAUAUAACAGGGUGGAAGAGGAUUUGUUGAGAAUGCCAAAGUAAACACAAGCAGGAGUUAUUAAGUCGAAUUACAGCUUGUGUGAGCGACGAUGUCAUCUCAUGUCAAACUGAGGCGGGACAGAGUGGGGACUGGAGACUAUGACACACAGAUUAAAGAGGUGCGUUUACAGCUGGCGGAGCAGUUGAGGAUAUUUGACGGUCAGGUGGAGCAGAAGACUCAGGUCUUUCAGGAUAUGGUCGACUAUUUGCGCAGGCGAGGCGAGAUCGAGGGGGAAUAUGCUCGCUCACUGGACAAACUGUGUGACAAGUUCUCCUCUAGAACCAAAAAGAAGGAGUCCAGUCAUCAGUCAGUUGUGAACUGCUGGCAGGUGUUGUUGGCACAAACACGUCAGGAGAGCCGAGAUCACAGUAUUUUGAGUGACAGCUACAGUAACAUUCUGCCUCAACAGCUUUCACACUGCAUUGAACAUGCCCAACGCCUGGCCAAACGGAGCAGGGAAAUCUGCACCCUGUUACAGGAUGGGCUUUUGAAGGUCACCAUAGAGCUUCAUACAACCUUGAAGACAUAUUACCAGUAUUAUACUGAGUUCCUGUCUGCAGAAGGCAAACUGAAGGAGGCUGUCAAACUGGAGGAAAAGCAAAAACAGAGUGCUUCUAAAAAGAUGGAAAGACAAAUAGAGAAAAGGCAAUGUAAAGUUCAAGAGAUUCAGCUUAAGUGCACAAAAGCCCGGAAUGAUUACCUGCUCAACCUGGCGGCAGCAAAUGCGUGCAUGAACAAAUACUACCUUCAGGAUCUUUCCACUCUCAUAGAUUGCUGUGAUCUGGGUUACCAUCAGUCCAUAUCCAAGGUGUUGCAUUUUUACCUGAGCAGUCGCCAGUGGGCUCAACAGAAUUUGAGUACUGGGAUGCGGCAGCUGGAAACAACGGUGUCCGAAUUGAGCCAAAGCCAGGACAGAGACACUCUCAUGCAGUUCAACAACUCAGCCUUUUGCCUGCCGCUCCGUUUUCAAUACCAUCCCUAUGAAGGCGACCAGGUGGUUGAGGUGUCUGCAAAAUGUGAGAUGAUGAGUGAGCUGGUGACUCGCGUCCAGCAGCUGCAGUCCAGACUCUCUUCAGUCACUCUGGAGGUUGAGGAGUCUGGCAAAUUACUUCAGUCAGCUCAAUCUUCCAUUCUGGAGAGUCUUGCUGAGAUCGCUUUUGGAUCCACUCCUGACUUUCCCAGCAGCCCUUCAUCACCAGAGGGGAACAGCGAUGUGUCUGCUAAUAAGAACUUCACACUGAAGCGUAGAGCCAGCCUUCCGGAUGCUGAGAGCUUGUACUUCACGAAAGUCAGAGACCAUCUAUGCAACAGCUCUUUAAGAUCAAAAUUGGAGGCUAAACAUGACCUGCUAAAGGUUGCAAUUCAGAAAGCUGAAAGUUUUGAUGGUAACCAUACCAGGACGCGCUCCAAAAGAUCUGUGCGUCAUAAAAAGAGUAACCCUGGUUCACAGAUCAACCAGAAGCUCUUUAAUGGGGAUCUGCUUUCAUACAUUCAAGCAUCAGGACAACUCAUUCCUGCCGUGGUGGAGAGCUGCAUUCGCUUCAUCAACCUCAAUGGUUUACAUCAUGAAGGGUUGUUCAGAGUGCCUGGAUCUCAGAUGGUGGUGAAUCAGCUGAAGGAUGCAUUUGAGAAAGGUGAUGAUCCUCUUACUGAUGAACGGUGUGACAUGGACUCUGUGGCUGGAGUGCUGAAGCUUUAUUUUCGAGGCCUAGAGAAACCCCUCUUUCCCGAGGACAGUUAUGACCAGCUGAUGGAAUGUGGACAAAUAGAUGAUGAAACUAAAAAAGUAACACAGCUGAAGCUCAUCGUUUCCUCAUAUCCUCCAUCACUCAUCAUUGUCAUGAGAUAUCUCUUUGCAUUCCUUCACCAUGUCUCCCAGUACAGUGACGAGAACAUGAUGCAGCCCUAUAACCUGGCUGUGUGCUUUGGGCCCAGUCUGGUGAGAGGACCAAACAAUGGUGAUGCGGCAGAGCUUCAGCGAAUCAAUGCCCUGGUCAAGAGCAUUAUCAUCCAACACGAGAGCAUCUUCCCAAGCCAGAAUGAAUUACCUGGGCCAGUGUAUGAAAAGUGCAUGACACUUGAAGAAGACGACUGUGAAGCUGUAGCAGAGGAAGGAGAUGGAGAAUCAGAGCAGGUUCAAAUAAAAGAACCAAAAGACGAGCUGCAGGCACUGGCCCUGUUUGACUACAUAGGCCGUUCUUCAACUGAGCUGUCCUUCAAACACGGCGAUCGCUUCAUUGUAUACAGCAAAGCCUCCUCUGAUUGGUGGAAAGGCGAAGUGAAUGGGUCAAAGGGUCUCAUCCCAAAUAAAUAUAUCAGUGUGCAGAGUGUGGAUGGAGGCCAAGAUCAGAAAGGGAAGGAAACUCUGAAAUCCAGCUGUGGCAGACACCAGACAGAGGAAGAAGUGAAAGCUGAGAAAAGCACAAGAUUAAAGGUCACGACUGACAAAGCCGGGGUCGGACCUAGUCAAGUCACCUCAGGAAAAAUUUGUUUGCAAUUACCCACAGGACAAUUUAUACAGCCAGGAAAUUCUCCAGGUGCUCUGCGGAAAACAUUAGAUCCUCAAAUGAGACGAUCCACUACUGAAGGAGGAAGUAGGGAGGAAUGCUCAACAGAUGUGGAUAAGGAAGUGCAUCACAUGAUGCACUCUGUGUUUAAGGAGCUUCUUAAUCGCCAGUCUUCCCCAGAUCAAAAUACAUCCGCAUCUUCUGAGAUCACAUCCACUGUCCAAACACCUUCAGUCAGAGGACUGGGAUGGAAAGGAAAAGGUUUAUUUAGAUCAGCUGACAAUGCAGCUGACUGAAGAAAUUAAAAAGAAAAAAGGGGAAACCCCAAUAACCACAGUCUGAAACACAAGAAAAUUAAAGUGAAACAUCAACGUGAAUGUACAGUUUUCAAUGCUAAAGAACUUUCAAUGCAAUGGUAAUUCUGUUUUAUGGCUGUGUAUGAGUGGAAACAGUAGUAGCGAAUCUGUGGAAUGACAACAUAAUGCUAUAGGAUCACAAAGCUUGUUUGUUGAUAAUUCUUGCAUUUUAAAUUAUAAUGUUCAAAUGUUUUGAAGUUGAAACUGCACAUCUACACAAUAUUAAAUUAAUAUCAAAAUGA